CUCCGCGGGGCUGCCAUGGCGAAGAUCCGGGUGUCGUACGAGUACUCCGAGGCCGAGGACAAGAGCAUCAGGCUGGGGCUGUUCCUGAUCGCCUGCGGGAUCCUCAGCCUCUUCAUCCUGGGCUUCUGCUGGCUCAGCCCGACCCUGCAGAGCCUCCAGAGCAAGCCGGCCAACUGCACGGUGGUGUCGGUGUUGCGUCCGGAGGAGAUGUUCGAGUGCGUGUUCACGUGCGGUGCGGACUGUAAGGGGACGUCCCUCUAUCCCUGCCUGCAGAUCUUCGUCAACAACUCGGAGUCAAACUCUGUGGCUCUGCUGCACUUUGACGAGCAACAGCUGCUCCUCAACCCAAAGUGUUCGUACGUCCCUCCCUGUGAGAGGGACAACCAGAAGAACAAAGACAGCGUGUUGUGGUGGGAGGAUUACUUCACCAGAGAGGUCAGCAGCCAGUCCUUCACCUGCUUCUUCAACCAGCAGAGAAGGCCCGAUGACGUGUUGUGGCGCCGUUCCCAUGACACCACUGUCCUGCUUCACUGUGUCCUCUGGCCAAUGGUGUCGCUCCUUCUGGGCACGCUAAUUGUGCUCCUGACCGUGUGCGCCCGUUCUCUCGCCGUUCGAGCCGAGGCCCUUCAGAAGAGGAAAUGCUCUUACGAGGUCUGCCAAGACCUGUCCGGCGUACCCUCAGACCGCCGCAGCAACAAGCCCGGAGACCCCCUCUCGACGAACUCUGACCCGGAGCCGUCGUCGCCGUCCACGACCCUGCCGCUGUUCGCGGUGCCGGUUCGACGCCGCGAUCGAGAACAUUAA